CUCCCAGUAACGAUUUUCUGUGCAGGAAAUACAGUCUCUUUGUACUGCUGUUGGGCAUUCAUUCUGCUUUGAGACGUUAUAUUGUCUUGUUUAAUGAUAGAUAGAAAAGGUUAGGGUUUUUUUAUUUGCUUGUUUUUUGCUUGGAAGAAACAAGAAACAAAUGAUUUAGCUUUAAUAAUGGAACCAGCUUCUAAGAAAACCAAGUUAGACAAAUCAGUCCUGAUCCGCCUGUGUGAUGCCUUCACUCGUACUGACGGAAAAAUUAUUUGCCCUCUGAUCAAAGCAGAAAACUCUGUCCGUGUUCUCUACAAACUGCAGGAAAAGCUUUUAUAUAAAAUAGUUCGGGAAGCUGGGUUACCUGAUCCAAAAUUUCUGUGGAAAUCAGCAGCUACGGACAGGAACAUUGAUGGCAAUUUAUUUGUUAAAUAUUCCACUUCUCAGCAAGUCGAUGAAAAUAGCCUGAAACAAUUCCAGGAAACUCUGAAAGGAAAAUUAAGAGAAGUCUUAAAAGUGAAACACAUUUUGAUUGAUAGAGUUGAAGACACAGAAAAUGUUAUCCCACAGCCAAUAAUCUCAGAAACCAGUUUUGAAUUCCACAAGCUUAAAGUGUGCUAUGAAAGCCUUUUCGAUAAGGCAAAAGACACAAUUGACCAGAAUACUGACAUAGGAGCUGAUCUAUAUGUAGCUGCCGAAACCAUUAAGUCCCAUUUAGAGGAUUUAAAAGGACAAUAUACAAAGUUUGCAGUGCUUUCACAAAAUGGAAAAGGCAAGAGUUUCAUCCUUAACCUGCUCAUGCUUCUCACAGCAGACAAUGAAGAAGAAUAUAGGGAAAACAAUAGAAAUCUAAAACUGCCACAGGCUAUUGAUGAAAACAAAACAGUGGAAGAGAUAGAAGAAGAGGGUGAUCUGCCAGAUGUGGUAAAAGAUGUUCUAACAAUAACAGUGGACAAAACAAAAUUUGCCAGAGCUGUUUUAGAUCCUUUAUGCUGUAAGCUCCCAUGGGUGAAGAAUAUCCAACAAUCAAAAUUGCUUUCAAAUGUGGAUAAAUAUUUUUCGAAAAAGAGAAGAAUAGAUAUAGGACCCUACAUACUUGCAGAGAAGGAGAUUGAGGGAAGCUUUGAAUCUACUACAAAAUGCAUUAUUCAUCUGCGAUAUGGUACGCUUUACCAAAUAAGGGUGAAUUACUUUACAGAAGAAGAACUUCAACAGCAACUUUUUGAAUUAGUCACUUGGAGUGAAGGAGAUAGUUCAAAUGAAAUAAACGAAUCCAUAAAAGAAAAAGCCAAGGACUGCUUGAAGGCUAGAUUUGGAAUUCUAACGGACUAUGAUAUUCCCAGUACUUUGCAGGAAAUGGAACAAUUUCAGUCCCCUGAAGAUAUUUUACUUUCUAGAGAAGUAGCACAGUUUGCAGGAAAAACAGAACUGUAUAUUGGAGAUGGGAAAGAUGCCCAACAUGACCGGCUUGCUAUGAAGAGUAUUCUAAGGCAAAUGACAACUUCUCAAGAGGGAGAUGAUGAAUACAAAAAGAAAAUUGCUGCUGUCAAACAAAUUGUGAUUUACUUGCCCAGCAAAAUAUUAUAUGGUGGCAAAGAAAUUCUGGAAAUGCCGGGAACAGAUGAUUCAGACCCGAUGGCAAUGAAUUUCAUAGAAACUGCUUUGAAUGAGGUGGAUGCAGUCAUUGUUAUCAGUGAUUUUGCUUUUAAGAUUGCUGAAAAAGAAGUGAAGGAUAUGCUGUCUAGCAGUGAUUUUGUAAAAUCCUGGAAAGAAAACCCCUGCAAUCAUAAACUCAUGCUCCUUGCAUAUCCAGAAAAGAACCAAAGGUGGCAAUUUGGAAAACAUGACACAGAAAAUAUUAAAAAAUUGGAAAAAGAAGAAAGGAAAAAAAGAACAGAAGAGUUGAAAUAUAUCAGCAAAAUUCUCAGGAUGGAAGACAUGAUGGACUCAAAAAAGAAGGAGUUAGAGGCAAGCAUCAUUACAGCCUAUAUAUUACCUGUAUUGCACACUUCAAUUCUUGCACAACCUGCAGAUAAGGGGAAAGAAUAUAGGGUCUUUCAGGAAAAUGAAGCAUUUUUGCAGUAUACUGGCAUCAGCAAUCUCAUAACUAUAAUUGAUUCCUUUGUUUCAUCAAGACAACAAUCAACCACUGAAAAGAUAAGAAACCAGUUUUCACAUCUUUGUCAAGAGCUGUGUGACAAUUCAGAAGGCAUUAGAGAAGCAACAAGAACAGUACUACGUGUGUUAACUAGAAGGGAACUAAAAAGCACCCUGGAAGAUGAAAUUAACCGAAAUAGUGAGGAACUAUUGAUAAAGUGUAAAUGGCGCAUUGAACAGUUGAUCAGUGAAGUUGUAAAUACUAAGAUGGAAGCUGUCUUAAAAACAACUGUUGAACAAGCAAAAAAGGACUGGAUGAUUAAUAAGGACAGAAUACAAUACCUUGGGGUUUUUAAUCCUUACUUUGCUGGCAAAAAUCCCGUGUACAAGGUGUUGCUAUUCAAUAUUUUCUUUGAUGGCUUGAAAGGCAAAAAAACAGUAAUUUUCAAGGAAAUUAGAACCAGAAUAGAGGCCUUGCUCCAACAAUACAAGAAACAAAUCCUGAAACAGUUGAUGCAAACCCUAAAUAUGGUGCUAGGAGACCAACAUCGUCCCUUCACUUUGGAGUUUGUCGAAAACGCUAUUGAAGAUGAGUUGGAUGACGCACUAUUAUGGUAUGUCGGCAACGUACAGCGCCCUUUCAAUGAGAAAGCAAUGAGAAAAUUUUUUAAGAUGAGUCAAAAUAACAGUAUUAGAGAAAAUAUACUGAAACCAAAUUUUAAAAAAGAAAUUUCUCUGGAAACUGCAAAGCAAAAUACUGAACAAAAUAUCGAAAAAUGUAUAAUGGAGAUAAAGGAAUCUUUUUUUUACGAGUUAUCUGUUCUGCACGAGGAGAGAUUGAAAUGCCUAAAUAGAAAACUUAAGUCUAAAGGAUCUUCAAAGAUGUGGCAGAGGCUGGUGUACAAAUUGAAAGUGAUUUCAAGGCAAUCUGGAGAGAAUCAUAGGAAAAUUCUCAAUGAUUUAAUUCUGAUGAUGUCAGUAAACUUUAAUGAACCCUAAUGGAUGUGAAGAAUCUCACAACCACAAAGAUACAACCAGAGAAUUUUGAAAACAACAUUUUUAUACAACUAUUUUGAUAUGGUUCUUUUCUAUGUAGUUUAGUUUAUACAAUCUUACAUUUCUGAUUGAUAUUAAUCUUACAUUUCUGAUUGAUGUUAAUUUAGCAUAUGUGUGGGUGUAAUAUAAAGGUAUAAUUGACAGGUACUUGGGUAAAUGGUCUCCCUGAUCUUUAAUCUCUUUAUAUCUGGUAUAAGUUUCCUAUCCACACAACAGCCAAUUAUAUCCCCAAAUGUAUCACAAUUAUUACUUCAUUAUUGAAAACACAGGAAAAAAACUGAGGGGUGCAAAAGCACUUGUGUCUCAGGGAAUACUGCACUCUGCUCCAUGUGCUGGAUUGAAAAUUAGGAGACUCAGGCCAGUCCUGUCCUUACCACCUUUCUGUCAUUAAUGGAACAGUUCAGUGUAAAAAAUGUUUCUAAUAUAGUUAGU